AUGAAGCGCAAACUUGAUGCCAACGACGUUCCCUCUCCUGAGCCUACGGGUAAAGAUGAGCAGGAAUUUGAUUUCGAAGCCCUUGGUCUGGACCCGCGACUGCGCCAGGCCCUGAUCAAAGAAAAGUUCUCCAAGCCUACUCUCGUGCAGGCCAAGGCCAUUCCGCUGGCCCUCGAAGGAAAGGAUAUUCUUGCCCGCGCAAAGACUGGUUCCGGCAAAACCGCUGCCUAUGUUCUUCCUGUCCUCCAAGCCAUCCUCCAACAAAAAUCUAUUGACCCCACAUUGAAAGCGACCACUGGUCUUAUUCUUGUUCCCACCCGCGAGUUGGCCGAGCAGGUCCAAAAAGUUAUUACCUCCUUCACCGUUUUCUGCGGAAAGGAUGUCCGGUCCAUCAACUUGACCCAGAAAGUCUCCGAUGCCGUGCAGCGGACUAUGCUCGCCGAUUUCCCCGAUAUUAUCAUCUCUACACCAACCCGAGUUCUCGCCAAUGUCAACAACUCGGCCCUGUCGCUUGAGAAGCUUACACAUCUGGUGAUCGAUGAAGCCGAUUUGGUUCUGUCAUACGGAUACGACGAGGACAUCAACGCUCUUUCGAAGGCCAUUCCCCGUGGAGUGCAGACUUCCCUGAUGAGUGCUACACUUACCUCCGAAGUCGAUGCCUUGAAGAGUUUGUUCUGCCGUAGCCCAGUGAUCCUGAAGCUCGAAGAUAAGGAAGAGAAGGGCGCCGAAGUGAGCCAGUUUGUUGUCAAGUGUGCCGAAGACGAGAAGUUCCUUCUCACAUACGUUAUCUUUAAGCUGCAGCUGGUUAAGGGCAAGGUCAUCAUUUUCGUGCACGAUGUGGACCGAUGCUACCGUGUAAAGCUUUUCCUUGAGCAGUUCGGUAUCAAGAGCUGUGUACUUAACUCAGAGCUUCCCAUCAACUCCCGAGUACACGUCGUCGAAGAGUUCAACAAGGGCGUUUACGAUAUUAUCAUCGCCGCCGACGACCAAGAAAUUAUGGGAGCCGCCAAAUCAAAGAAGAUCCCCGAAAUUAUUGAGGACGACGAGGCAGAGGAGAAGGAGGAGAAGGAAGAGAAGGAGGAAAUCGGUUCCAGUGAAGAUGAGGAGGAGGAAGCAUCCACCAACAAAAAGGCUCGACCCGAGAAGCGCCGCAAGAUGACCGGCAAGGAAAAGGACUACGGCAUCUCUCGUGGUAUCGACUUCCAGAAUGUCGCCUGUGUCCUCAACUUCGAUCUCCCCUCCACCGCAAAAUCUUAUACCCACCGCAUUGGACGUACAGGCCGUGCUGGAAAGGCCGGCAUGGCCCUCUCUUUCGUUAUCCCACUGGAGCAGUAUGGCAAGCAUAAGCCUACUUCAAUCAGCAGUGCCAGGAAGGAUGAGCCCGUCCUCGCCAAGAUUGUUAAGCGCCAAGGCAAGAUGGGCCACGAGGUCCGACCUUAUCACUUUGAAAUGCAGCAGGUUGAUGCCUUCCGCUACCGUAUGACCGACGCCCUGCGCGCUAUUACUCGACUUGCCGUGCAGGAAGCCCGUGCGCGCGAGAUUCGUCAAGAGCUUAUCAAGAGUGAGAAGUUGAAGCGUCAUUUCGAAGAGAACCCAGACGAACUCCGCCAGCUACGUCACGAUGGCGAACUGCGGGCGGCUCGUGUACAGGCUCAUUUGAAGCACGUGCCAGAGUAUUUGAUGCCUGCCAAGGGACGCAAGGGCAUUUCGAAAGAGGAAGUUGGAUAUGUUGGAUUCAGAAAGACAACUGUGAACCGUAUUCGCAAGGCUAGAGAUCACAACCGGAAAGCCGGUAAGGGCAAGGGAGGCAGGAAGCCUUCAGGUGGAAGAGUUGAUCCUUUGAAGACAUUUAAUCGGGGCAAGAAAUAG